AUGUCACAGUCAUACCACUUCAAAAUUGUUUUGUUAGGACCUACUUAUGUUGGUAAAUCUGCUAUUUCUUUUCGUUUUACUAAAAACACAUUCAUCACUGCAUAUGAUCCAACUAUUGAACAAACCCUUAGCAAGACAAUUGAAGUUGAUAACAAACAAAUUUAUUUAGACAUUUAUGACACUGCAGGAUCAGAACAAUUUAGAACACUACAUGAACUGUAUAUUAAAGAAGGAGAUGGAUUCAUUUUAGUUUAUGCUGUGAAUGACAGUGAUUCUUUUAACAGUGUCAAAGAUAUUUACAAAGAUAUUGUCAAUAUUACCACCUCUAUGAAUGAGGGUGUUACACCACUAACUCUACCACCAAUAAUUAUUGCUGGUAAUAAGUGUGACCUUGAUGACAAAGUUGUGGCAACUGAAGAAGUUCAAGAAUUUUGUAAUGUCUGUGGUUGUGAUUUUCAAGAAAUAUCAGCCAAACACAAUAAAAAUAUUAGCCUAGUCUUUGAGACGUUGGCAAGACGGUUAGUCGAACAGCAAGGAAGUGUACAAAAGAAAGUUGGUUGUUCAAUCUUAUGA